AUGAGCCUUAAUGCCUCAGUGGGGCAUGGAGGAGAGAACAAAGGGGCCAAGUGGGCUGUGAAACGUCAAACUUUCAUCGAUGAUGGAGUGGACGAUGGUGUGUGCUUGACAACGCUUUGGGCAGUGCAGCGGGAGUGCGACAAGCUCGGUUUGACAGCUGUCAGCGAGCUUGACUGCUUCCGCUACAAUUCCGAGUGCCUACUGGCGAGGCUCGUGAAUGUUUCGACGUUCGAGGCGGAGAACCCAAGGCGGAGAACACAAGGUGGAGCCAGUUCCGAUAUAUGCCGCAUCGUACUGCAAGCACACCGAUCCACGGCAAACACGUUGAGUGGGAUGGUUUGUCCUGUCACCAUUAUCCGGGCACACGGGCACCCGCGAAGAACUCCAUUCCCGGAGAUGAUGGACUGUGGUGGGGCCUCGGUCAUCAGCUUCACCUUCGUCCUCAUCUUGUGGGCCCAUUAA